AUGAGCUCUCACAGGCCAAGGUCAAACUACAAACACCCAAGUGGUCUACCGACGCUACUACAUCUAUCACAACUAUGCAUCAAGCGGCAUUUGUCUCAACUUCAAGAUGUCGGCACCACGCCGUACCAUUUACUUGCAUCGGUAUUGAGUUUGAUGUCAGCAAAGCAGUUGGAUCAACUAGAAUCCUUAUCGACUCAAUUAACACCACAUAGUGAUGAGCUUUGGAAACAACUCAUACUAAAGGAUUUCCCUGAUCGACCAGUUGAGCUAGGUCUGGUGGAACUGUUGAACAAGUUGAAAUUUGAAAAAAUGCCGUACAAGUCAUUAUACUACAAGUAUGUGAAACAACGAGACGAUUUCAGAAAAGAUUCAGCCAAGAGAUUACGACAUUUGAACGAGUCGAUGAAUAAAGAAAAAGCCAGAAAUAAGAUUGUUGCUGUUGAUAAGCUAAUGCGGGAUCCCUCAGUUCGGUAUCGACAGUCUUUCCGAAAUGGACAACAACUGCUGCUGCUAUAUAAUAAGAAUACUAUUUUGGGGAAAGCAAUACGAGAAUCACAAACGAGAUCACUUAUGUUUGGCACACUGGCUAUGAGGAAAUAUGAUUCGUAUUCUGCAUUCAAGGCUAGGGAGUUUGCCCCCAUGAGGGCACCUAAAUCAAGCACUAGACGUACUACAUUCUUCGAUUCUAGUAUAGGGCAGCAGAAGCAACCACAGAUAACUGUGCGAACUAAUCCUGGAAAAGGUAGCAUCAUGCCCAUCAAGGGGAAGCAACAAUCAUCCUCUUGUCCUUCUUCUCCGUCACUGCUGGGAGAGGUUUCUGAAACAUUGAGAAAGAAACGUGUAAUCCAGCAACCAUCGAUAUUCCUUCAAAAUAAAAGAUCAAGACCACCAUCACAAACAUCGCCUGUACGGAAGCAAGAGGAGAAAGAGAAGCACAAGCAGAAACAAAAACAGAAGGAAAUCACAAGAGAAGAGCCCAGCAAAAUAAAACCGCUUAAAUCGUCCAUAUUUAGUUAA